AUGACGGAUGUUGAAGCUUCAGUGGAGGAGUCUACUAUCAAUGACGCCGCAGCUGCCCCUCAAGACGUUGAGAAUGAGUCUGGGGGCUCGGUGGCUCCCAAGGGGGAGCCGCCAUCACCUCGUCAUAUCCAUGGUUUAAAGUGGUUUAUUGCGGUUUGUGCUAUUUUGUCAUCGACCUUUUUGUUUAGUUUGGAUAACACUGUGGUCGCCGACGUUCAACCCAAUAUUGUCAAUGACUUUGGUAGCGCCGAAAAAUUGCCCUGGGUCGGCGCCGCGUUUGGGCUUGGCGCUACAUCUAUUCUCCCUUGGGGCAAGGCAUAUGGUGUCUUCAACAUUAAAUGGCUCUAUGUGGGAACCGUCAUCAUCUUCGAGAUUGGCAGUGCAAUCUGCGGUGCUGCGAACAAUAUGACUGCCUUGAUUUUGGGCCGUGUCAUUGCUGGUGUCGGUGGAUCGGGCAUGUAUAGUGGCUGUCUCACAUAUCUCGCCAUCACAACCACGCCAAAUGAGCAGCCAGUGCUCAUGAGUCUGGUUGGGAUGGUUUGGGCAGUGGGAACCGUCCUUGGUCCCGUAGUGGGAGGUGCCUUUGCUGAUAGCUCUGCCACCUGGCGAUGGGCUUUCUACAUCAAUCUUGUCAUCGGCGCCAUAUUCGCACCAGCCUACCUGUUCCUCCUCCCCGACAUCGACAUGCAACGCAACACUCCGCUCGCACAGAAGCUCAAGCAAGUAGAUUGGCUUGGCCUCUUCUUCUUCUACGCAGGAAUGGUCUGCUUGAUUGUUGCAAUCAACUUCGGUGGCAGCGUCUAUUCCUGGAGCUCAGGGGCAGAGAUUGCCUUUUGGGUCGUCGGAGGUAUUUCUUGGAUUAUCUUCGGCCUAACCCAGCACUUCACUCCCUUCAUCCAGAAGGCCCAUCGACUAUAUCCCACGCAAUUGAUGCGUCGACCGCUCCUUCUCAAUUUGCAAUUUCAGCUCUUCCUUUCUUCUGGUGUACUGCUGGGAGCCGCCUACUACAUUCCCCUCUAUUUCCAGUUUGCCCAAGGUGACAGUGCCCUCCAAGCCGCCGUCCGUCUCCUCCCCUACAUCAUGAUGGUCGCCGCUUUCGCCCUCAUCAACGGCGCCCUAAUGACAAAACUCGGUUACUACAUGCCCUGGUACACAUUUGGUGGAGCUUUGAUACUCAUCGGUUCUGCACUCAUGUACACUGUUGAUAUAUCGACUAAGAUUGGGAAUGUUUACGGCUACACCGUACUCAUGGGUAUUGGUGUUGGCUCCUACGUCCACGCCUGUUAUCCUGUUGCCCAGAACCUCGUCGGUCCCACAGAAAUCCCCGACGUGAUUUCAUUUAUGAGUGUAGCCCAGUCGACGGGUAUUACUGUUUUCUUGGCUGUGAUGGGAACGGUGUAUAAUAACGGGGCGAUUUUGAAGGUGCAGGCUGUCUUGCCCGAUGCGACCAAGGCGGGUGUUUUGGAGGCUUUGACGGGGACGACUAGUGUUAUUUUUGAUAGCUUGGAUGAGGCUGUUAGGAGUGAUGUUAUUGGGGCGAUUAUUGAGGCUAUGAAGCCGGUUUGGUUGAUUUUGGUGGUGGCUGGUGCGUUGAGUUUUGUGCUGAGUUUCUUUUUGGGUAGGGAUAGGUUGUUUGGUAAGAGAUAG